AGUAGUAGUAAAUUCAAAAGCAGAGCUCUGUGUUUGUAUAUAUUUUACUUUUUGCAACCACCUAGGCUAGAAGAGAGGAAGAAGUAAAAAGAAGAAGAAUAUGGAGGUUCGGUCCAGCAGAAGAGGCAGAGAAAGAGAGAGCAGCCCAGAUAGGGUCAAAGUCUACAACAUGCAUCCAAGGGUGGUCAAACCCAUCAAAAAAGUCCAAGUUGUUUACUAUCUCUCAAGAAAUGGCCAUCUUGAACACCCACAUUACAUGGAAGUCACCCAUUUAGUCAAUCAACCUCUUCGUUUAAGAGAUGUAACGGAAAGGCUUACUGUACUUAGAGGCAAAGGCAUGCCCUCUCUAUAUUCCUGGUCUUGUAAAAGGAGCUAUAAGAGUGGGUAUGUGUGGAACGACUUGGCUGAGAAUGACAUAAUUUACCCAUCUGAAGGAGCUGAGUAUGUGCUUAAAGGGUCUGAACUAGUUGAAGGUUGCUCUGAAAGAUUUCAACAGCUUCAUAUAAACAACGGGCAACAGAUUAUUCAAGAACCAAAUUACCACCCAAAGCGCAAACAGCUAGCACCAAGUCCAAGCCCACAAAGAGAACAAGAAGACCAGGAAUACGAAGAGUUCGAAGAAGAGGAAGAAGAAUACGAAGAUGGAGAGAAGGCAAGCUAUACCAGCUCCACCACACCACACUCUCGCUGCUCCAGAGGCGUCUCCACUGACGAACUCGAAGACCAUGAAACCCAACCACCACCACCACCCCCACCACCAAAGAAAAACCCUACUGAUCAUCAGUACACUCUAAUCGACUCGUCGUAUAUCUCUGACAAAGCCAACCAAAUCAGCAACAACAACAACAACAACAACAACAACUCCUCCAAACGAUUUCAGGACAACCCAGUUGGCGGCAACCAAAGCAAACGAUUCGAAGGUGGUGACAGAGUUGUCAACCAAAGCAGCAGCAGCAGCAACAACAACUCGAAACGAUUCGAAGAUGGGGACCCAGUUGGGAACGAGUCAGCACAGACUCGGAACUCGGUCCUGCUCCAACUCAUUGCGUGUGGUGGCUCUAAUAAAUCAAAGGGUGGACCGAAUGUGAAGCAUCAAGUUUCAGUGAAAAAGAGUGUGAGCCUUCACAAAGGUGUUGUAUGCAAGAGUGCAGUGAAGGUAGGAGAGGAAGAUUAUUUGAUAAGGUACAUGUCUGAGAACCCAAGGUUCGGGAAUUUUCAGUCAGAGGAGAAAGAGUACUUCAGUGGCAGCAUUGUUGAGUCGAUGACUGAGGACCGGCCUAUUGGGGUUAAACCGGUGCUCAAGAAAUCCAGUUCUUUUAACGAAGAAAGGAGCAACAAGGCAGAGUUGGUGGAAGCGGUGGAGGAAGAGAAAAGAGAAAAGGCAUCAGUGAAAAGUAAAUGUAUCCCUCGUAAGAAAUCUUCUGCUUCAUCGAAACCAACCAAGAAAUGACGUAUCUCUGUCCCAUUCAGUAAAGCCGUUGGAUUUGUAAUAAUUUCAGAGUUUACUUUGGGCCUAAAUUGUAUAAUUACGAGAACUGUGGGUGCUUUGAAAAGUUGAUAAAAAAGUAGUAAAAUCUUAGGGGUUGUUGAAAGUGAAAGGAUUGGUCCGAUUCUCUGUGUCCUUUGAUUUGGUUGCAGAAAUCAUAUGCCCGGCCAUACUCUCUGUCUUUGAGUGCUAGCUUUUAUUAAUAUUUAAUGGGACGUUGAUAAUCUUUCGUUGUUGGACUGUAAUA